AUGCGGUUUGCCAAUCGGGGAUUUGAUGUGUUUGGUGACCGACCUAGAGUUGAAGUGGAUCAAACUUAUGGUUUCAAUAAUGGCCUGACUCUACGUAGGCUCGUGGAUACAGCAAAGCAAGUUACCAAAUCUGGAAAUCUGAAUGAGUUUUCAAUGGUCUUGCUCAAUAACACCCUAUCAUUGCCAUUAGGGAUUCUUCUAACUUUUAUUUUCAAUGAGUUGGAUUACCUCACCAGAAGGCCACUAUUGAGGUUGCCAACCUUCUGGUUUGUAAUAACAUUAAGUGGAGUUUUGGGACUAGCAAUCAGCUUCACUUCUAUGUGGUUUCUUCAUCAAACUGGGGCUACAACGUACAGCCUUGUGGGGUCGUUGAAUAAGAUCCCUCUGUCCAUUGCUGGCAUCCUUAUUUUCAAAGUUCCUACCAGCUUAGAAAACUCGGCAAGCAUAUUCUUCGGUCUCAUAGCUGGAGUAAUUUUUGCAAGGGCAAAAUUAAUGCGGGAAAGAUCUCAAACCUGAAAAGUGGCAAAAGUUACAUAUCUUGAACAUGAUAACCUGGUUUUGCACUCUGGACUAAAUUGCACAAGAGAGCUGCACUUAUGAAGUCAUCAGGGAGAGUUAAGUGGUGCAGUUUCCCAUCAAAAGAGAGAAAUAGGAGUGAACAUGGAAUGAUCUUGGCUUAUUUGCAAGUGCUG